GCCCGCCCGGCGGCGCCGCCAUUGUUUGCAGCCCCGCGCUGAGGGAGUGAGCGAGUGACCGCGGCCCCUCCGGCCCAUGGCAUGGACGGCCGCACGGCAUGACCCCAGGCGAUGGGCUGAGCGGCCGCGAUCAUGGUGCAGAAAGGGAAGCGGAGGGAGGCAGCAGCGGGCGGAGAGACGAGACGGAGACGGGACGGAGACGGGCCGGCCGUCAGGAGGCUGCGGGUGGGCUUCGUGGGUGUGGAGGGCGCCGAGCCCGCCUGUUCCCGGGACGGUGCCUUGUUGAUCUCGGGCCGCUCGCCCGCCCGCAGACCCCGCACCCGGCGAAACGCCUGCUACCGCCGCCUGCAGAACUUCAUGUACAACGUGCUGGAGCGGCCCCGCGGGUGGGCAUUCGUCUACCACGCCUAUGUCUUUCUGCUGGUCUUCUCGUGCCUGGUUCUGUCAGUCUUCUCCACCAUUGAAGAAUACAAGAAGAGUUCUGAGGGAGCACUCUAUAUUCUGGAGAUUGUGACGAUCGUGGUGUUCGGCGUGGAGUACCUGGUGCGCAUCUGGUCCGCCGGCUGCUGCUGCCGUUACCGUGGCUGGAGGGGCCGCCUCAAGUUCGCCCGCAAACCCUUCUGUGUGAUCGACGUGAUGGUGGUGGUGGCUUCCAUCGCCGUGCUGGCGGCCGGCACGCAGGGCAACGUCUUUGCCACGUCCGCAUUGCGCAGCCUGCGCUUCCUGCAGAUCCUGCGCAUGAUCCGCAUGGACCGGCGUGGCGGCACCUGGAAGUUGCUGGGCUCCGUGGUCUACGCUCACAGCAAGGAGCUGAUCACUGCCUGGUAUAUUGGCUUCCUCUGCCUCAUCCUCGCCUCCUUCCUGGUUUUCCUGGCAGAGAAGGAUGACAACAAGGAGUUUGCAACAUACGCAGAUGCCUUGUGGUGGGGUUUGAUCACGUUGACCACCAUCGGCUAUGGUGACAAGUACCCCAUCACCUGGAAUGGCCGCCUGCUGGCCGCCGCUUUUACCCUCAUCGGAGUGUCCUUCUUCGCUCUGCCAGCGGGAAUCCUGGGUUCAGGGUUUGCGCUGAAGGUUCAGGAGCAACAUCGGCAGAAACACUUUGAGAAGCGACGGAAUCCCGCGGCUGGCCUCAUCCAGACAGCCUGGCGUUACUACUCCACCAGCCUGUGUCGGACCGAUCUCCACGCCACAUGGCAAUGCUUUGAACAAACGUUGACUGUGCCAAUGUACCGGCUGAUUCCUCCUCUCAACCAGUUGGACUUACUGCGCAACCUGAAGAGCAAGUCGGGACUCACGUUCAGUAAACACAAACCCCGGCGUGAUUCCGUGUGUGGAAUGUGCUGCUCUGGAGACCCUAGCAGCAAGGUGAGCCUGAGGGAGCGUUUCUCCAGUCCCAAGGGUCCUGGCGGCAGAGGCAAUGGUCCAGAGCAGGGUGAGGUGCGGCGAUCGCCCAGCGCCGACCACAUUAAUGAGAGCCCCGACAAGGUACAGAAGACCUGGAGCUUCACCGACAGGAGCCGCUUCCGGCACGCCUUCCGGCUGAAGGGAGCAGCCUCACGGCACAACUCCGAUGACCAGGGCAGUCUGCCCGAUGAACUCAUCCCAGACAACAGGAGCUACCAGUGCGAGUUUGUCUCGGACGACCUGACGCCCGGGCUGAAGGUGUCCAUCCGAGCCUUGUGUAUCAUGAGGUUCCUGGUUUCCAAGCGGAAGUUCAAGGAGAGCUUGCGGCCGUACGAUGUGAUGGAUGUGAUUGAGCAGUACUCGGCUGGACACUUGGACAUGCUGUCCAGGAUCAAGAACCUGCAGUCCAGGGUGGACCAAAUCGUUGGCCGCGGCCCCCAGAUACAGGAGAAAGAUUGCUCCAAGAUCCCAACGGAGCCAGACAUCCCUGAGGAUCCUAGCAUGAUGGGGCGGCUUGGCAAGAUGGAGCGACAGGUGCACUCCAUGGAGAAGAAGCUGGACUUCCUGGUCAACAUCUACAUGCAGCGCAUGGGCAUCCCACCAUCAGAGACCGAGGCCUACUUCAUCUCCAAGGAGCCUGACCCCGCUCCGCCCUACCACAGCCCCGUCGGCGUGGACAACCUUCAACUGUGCGACAAGACGACCAACGGCAACAAGACCACGUGCUCCUGCGCCGCCCACAAACCCUUCCCUGGACAGGGGGGAACCUCGCUGCCCCAUGGCUGCCCACCCUCCACCUCCUUCCACCAGCACUCAGUAAACGGGCUGAGUCGGCACAGUCAUGGCACACUGACCUUUGUCACCUCGCCCGUGGGUGACGGCACGGCCUUUGUCAGGAUCCCCCCCCCUCCCUCCACCUCACACGAGCGGAUGUCCAGCCACGGAGGCGGGGGGCACGGGGGCUCGGAGCAUGCGAGGCACGGGGGGCAUGGCAGCAGACGGACGGACACGGGGCUGAAGGAGAGGGACAGUGACACCUCCAUCUCCAUCCCCUCUGUAGACCACGAGGAACUGGAGAGGUCCUACAGCGGCUUCAGCAUCUCGCAGUCCAAGGACAACCUGGAGCAGGCGGGUGGCCUCCCCCACUCCACCGCCACCCCCUGGUCCAAGGUGCGCCACUACAUCGCCGAGGGAGAGUCUGACACUGACUCUGAAGCAUGCACUCCCUGCGGACCGCCAAGGCUGGGCACCAACGAAGUGCCACACUGUGACUUUGCAUGGAUCUCAAAGUAGACAAGAGGGCAUGGGUAUGUUGGACCAGGGGAGGGUGAGUUGGCACUGGCAUGGUUAGAGGUAGACCUUUACCACAAUGCCAAGGAGACAACCUGAUCUUCUACAGCCACCAACCCUGCCGCCAGUCGCCCUGGACCAUUGGGUUCUCAACGGUUCUCAAGUCUUAACCUGUCCUGUCCCUUCAGAACCCCCCCCACCGCCCCCAUUGCAUCCGGCAUCCUACCCAAGCCCUCUAAGAGGAAGUCUUCCCCCCCCC